AGGAGGAAGUGAGUGAAGCAUUCUUCCAUAAUGGCGGAGGUGAGGGAGAAGCUGCGGCUCGGGAUGUGACAGGGAGCGCAGUUGCCGGUUUUGCAACACGUUUUCCCGGCCUGGGGUCCACACGUUCAGCGGAAUGACUGAUCAUCGUCUCUUGAAUCUCGCCGCCGCAGAAAAGCCAUGGAUUGGAUGAGGUAACUGCAGACCUGCGACCAGAACCACAUUUCAAUGGAUACAAAGUACAAGGAAGAUCUCUUCAGAAAAUAUGUACAGUUCCACGAAUCCAAACUGGAAGCCUCAGAUAGUAAGCAGCGAGUCGUCAGCGAUGAAUACCUCCGCACCGCUGCCUCGGCCUUACUCAGCCUGCCGAAAAUUGAUCCCAUUUAUAGAUUCAGGCUGAUCAGGUUCUAUGAAGUCUGUGAGAACUCCCUGAAAACCCUGCGAACAUCCAAUCUGCGCUCACUUCAUAAUGCAGCAGCUAUGCUGGAGACUAUCGGCAUUAACCUAUUCCUUUACCCCUGGAAGAAAGAGUACAAAAAUAUUAAGACAUACACUGGGCCUUUUGUAUAUUAUGUGAGAGCUGCUUUAAUCGAUGACGACAUCCGGCACAUAUUGAACCAUAUGGGUUAUGUACAAGAACAAGGGACAGUUUACAGACUGAAAGACCAUGUGGACACCACGCAAGUCAAAAGAGUCUCCUUUGAACUUUUUCUAGCCCGAGUUGAAUGUGAACUUCUACUGGAAAUCUACCUGCAGGUAAAGGAUAAAGGCUACUUGGAAGUGGACGUGGUAAAUGAGCGUAAGAGCAGCAAUGAGGACGUCAGGGGCUGCACGGACGAAAUGAAGAGACGAGUGGAGUGCAAGGAAUCCUUAAACAUAUCCAUGGCUAGGAUGGUUCUGCAGAAAUCUGCCAGUGAGAGGGCGCCAUCCAAGGAUUAUUUUAAGCAGAAGGUAACAAAACCAUCCAAGUCCGUUGACACCUACGACAGCUACUGGGACAGCAAGAACAAGCCCCCGCUUACCGCAUCCCUGAGCCUGCGAAAGGAGCCUAUCCUGGUAGAUGCCGAAGACGAUCUCAAAGAUGAAAUUAUACGUCCCCCACACUCCCUUCUGAACAUGGCCAGCUCUCUGCAUGGCUGCUCUGAUGAAUUUUUAAACCUUUCCUCCAACCCUAAUGGGCUAUUACGAGCCAGCGCUACAUACGGCUACUUCCCCAACGAAGACGAUGUAGACUUGUAUACGGACAUGGAUUCUAGACUACUAAAUGUGAAGAGGCAGGAGCUGGCCAAGCCUGACUCUUGGCUGUUGGAAAACAAGAUGAACCCAUCUUUUCACAAGCGUUCUCAUGUAGCCAAAGAGACCGUAUUCAUGAAGUGCCAAAACUGCGGCGUAUCCUCUGGUGGCCCAAUAUGCCAAAAGUGCGACAGUAUACUUAUCUACAGACCCGAUGGCCCUUUGCUAAAGCAGAACAACCUGUCGAUCAAAACUACUGUACAGAAUGACGGCUACUCCUCCUCCGGCUCAGCACUGCGAGAGAAGUCUUCGUAUGGGACAUCAUCCCAGGAACGCGCGUCUCAGCAGAACGCCAAAAUGAAGCCUUCCACCACGCUGCGCUGUGGCUUUUGCAACCGAGCUGGAGCUUCCAACACCUGCACAGUUUGUUCCAAAGUCUCGUGCGAUGCUUGCGUUGUUGCCUACUCUCAUGAGUAUUGUUGCCGAAAAAGCGAUCAUCACCGGUUUGCACCAAACAAUCAGCUAAACUAUAAAUCCUCUCAACUGUCCCACCUUGUGUACAGAUAAAUGCGCAAAUUCUUUUUUAAAUUUUAUUUUUUUUCUUCGUUAUUAUUAUUUUUUAUUAUUAUUUUUUUCCCUUCCUUUGAAAAAAGGGCUAAAGGAAAGGACCUCUGAACUGGAAUAUCCCACUGACCGCUAGAACAAGAACCACAUGGUAGGGUUCAGGGAGGAGAUCCCAAUCAGUGUUUUGUGGUUACUUACACACCUUGCUGCUAUACCGUGGUGCAAUAAAUCCUUAGGCUUGCUAUUUAAAUUAAAAUCCUUUCAAAGCAGAAGCUAAAAUCUGUUUAGAAAGAUUGAUAUUUCUAUAUAUAAAAAGCCAUUGUGUGGUUUGGAUUCUUAGAGAAGCGCUUCCCCAGUGUUGCUCCCCUCCUUUCCUGGUUCCGAAGUUAAUUUUUAUAGCAAGUGAGCACUUUCAAGGAUUUGUUAGGUAAGCAUGUCACAGGAAACAAUUCUAAGAGGCAGAAAGUUUUUUUUAAUUUUUUUUCUAGUUGCAGAUGUAUAUUUGAAAUUCGUGCAGAUCAUCUCCAUCCGCAAUGCAAUUUCUUUCUUUUUCUUUUGUUUCCCAGGAUUUUAUUAGAAUAAAAA